AUGGUCCUGAACCCUGCCAUUCCGCCGGACACCCGCGCCGCCCGAUCAGAACCUGUGUUUUCUCCUCUUCCUCUGCACUUUUGUCUCUGCUUUAGGGGGAACAUUAAUAUAUACCCUUCUUCUUUUGGAUACGCAGUAAAACCCGACAUUAAGGACGAUACAGCCGCCUUCCCCCCUCCCCCUCCCCCUCCUCCUCACUCUCCAGACUCUGUCUCUGCCUUGUCAAAGCGUGGCCGUGUAGCAGCAGAGCCAUGGGGGUAUUACUACAUGACUCCUCCACCGACGUUCGGAGGAGGGGUGGAGAGCGUGGUGAGGCUGGCGGCGGAGAGUGCGGUGGUUAUAUUCAGUGUGAGUAGCUGCUGCAUGUGUCAUGCUGUCAAGAGAUUGUUUUGUGGGAUGGGUGUGAGUCCGACUGUGCACGAGUUAGACCAUGACCCCAGAGGGAAGGAGAUUGAGAGGGCCUUAGUGAGUUUGCUUGGGAACUCCUCAUCGGUGGCGGCUCCAUUGCCAGUGGUUUUCAUCGGAGGGAAGCUAAUUGGUGCAAUGGAUCGAGUCAUGACUUCUCAUAUUAAUGGGACCCUCAUUCCUCUUCUCAAAGAGGCGGGAGCUCUCUGGCUUUGAUUAUAUAAUAUUGUAUAUUUUUCCCAUUUUUGUAAUAAAUUCUGAGGUUGA